CAGGCCUGGAGGGGGCUCAGGCUCAGAAAGCAGGAUGCUGGAGCCCAGGAACAUGGUAGCCUGGGCCCCUGGGUCCAGGGGCGGAAUCAUACAGUGGUAGGGUGCUUGGGGCUUCUCUUUCUGUCUUUGUCCAGAGCCUUAUGUAAGAGUGUUUCUCGGGAAACAGGAAGUCCAGCUUGCCAAGUUCAGCACAAGGAGCAGUGCCGGCCUUAUUCCAACACACCCGGCCUGGCCUUAACCCCAGAGCUCAGCCAGUUUCUUGCUUCCCCCACCAUGGUUCUCCUCCCCACUGAGCCCCUCCCCUCCUUUCCCACCUUCAGUCACUCCUAGCAAACCUGCCCAGAGAUCUCUCCUGUGCCUCAUUGAGAGGGUCUUACACCCUCACCUCUUGACCCUCAACACUGCCUGGCUGUCCCUUCAUCCCUGCUCCUGGCACCAUGCCCACAGCCAGCUAACCUUCCCUCCCCCACUUCUGGGGCCGCCCAAGGGUUCCUGUGCUCUGGCCGCUCCUCCUGGGUGUCACUGGCAGCCCUGUCCUUCCUAGAGAGACUGACAACAAAUUCGCCUGAGGCUGGAGUUGGGGGGAAGGUGUCUCAAGACAACACUGGCCCCACAGCAGGGUGCCAGGAGCACCAACAGUGCCCCUAGCUUGCUUUCCUCCUCCCUCCUUUUUAUUCUGAAGUUCCUUUUUAUUUCUCCCUUGCGUAACACCCUUCUUCCCUUCUGCAGCACUGCCUGCACCCCCACCCUCCCCGCCACCUCCUUGCCACCCCAUUCCUGAGGCCACAGCUGUUGGCAGGGUCCCUGGCUCAUGCCAGCCUCAUCUUCUUCCUUGCUAGCUCCCAAAGGGCCCCCGGGAGACAUGGGGGGCCCAGUUCGAGAACCGGCGCUCUCAGUUGCCCUCUGGUUGAGUUGGGGGGCAGCUCUGGGGGCUGUGGCUUGUGCCAUGGCUCUGCUGACCCAACAAACAGAGCUGCAAACGCUAAGGAGAGAGGUGACCUGGCUGCAGAGAACUGGAGGGCCCUCUGAGAAGGGGGAAGAGUAUCCAUGGCUGCACCUCCGGGAGCAGAGCCCUGAUGCCCUGGAAGCCUGGGAGAAUGGGGAGAGACCCCGGAGAAGGAGAGCAUUGCUCACCCAUAAACAGAGGAAGAGGCACUCAGUUCUGCACCUUGUUCCCAUUAACAUCACUUCCAAAGAGGACUCUGAUGUGACAGAGGUGAUGUGGCAACCAGCUCUUAGGCGUGGGAGAGGCCUGGAGGCCCAAGGAUAUGUUGUUCGAGUCUGGGAUGCUGGAGUUUAUCUGCUGUACAGCCAGGUCCUGUUUCAUGAUGUGACUUUCACCAUGGGUCAAGUGGUGUCUCGGGAGGGCCAGGGAAGACAAGAGACUCUAUUCCGAUGUAUACGAAGUAUGCCUUCCAACCCAGACUGGGCCUACAAUAGCUGCUACAGUGCAGGUGUCUUCCACUUACACCAAGGGGAUAUUCUGAGUGUCAUAAUCCCCCGGGCAAGGGCAAAACUUAGCCUCUCUCCACAUGGAACCUUCCUGGGGUUUGUGAAACUGUGAUUGUGCUAUAAAAGGUGGUUCUGAGCUUGGAAGAACAGGGUGGGUACGUACUGGAGACAGCCAAGAGCUGGCUAGGCAAAAGACAGGGAGUGGGGCAGGAACAGAGGCCUCUUCUAAGUUUUGACUGAAACCCUCAGUUUGACAGUUCAUGAUUCUCCGUUCCUCCCUUUUUCCUUUCCACCAUAAACCCCUAGACUUUGAUUUCAUGAUAUUAAAGAGGUAGAAUACCUUGCUUUUACCCCCAA